AUGUCGUCCAACAACACCUCGGCCAGUGUCUCCAUCGAUAAGUUCGAUGGGGACAACUACUCAACCUGGUGUCGCUACAUGCGCGGCGUGUUUCUGACGAAGUCAGUCUGGUACGUCGUGAACCGCGAAACGUCUCCAACCUUCACCGACACGCGAGCUUCCGACGAGUACGUCAAGGCGAGCAACAUCGCGUUCGGGUUGAUGUUGCUCCACAUGGACGCCGACCACCACCAUGUGGUCGACAACUGUGAAGAAGCAUGGACAGCGUGGUCGCGGUUGAAGAUGCUCUAUGGUGGGUCGCAGAAGGCGGGACGCAUCUACCUCAAGCGCCAGCUGUUCAGCAUCAAGAUGGCGGAAGGUGCCAACGUCUUGCACCAUUGCAACGAAGUCUUGAACAUCGGCGCCAAGCUCAGCAGCAUCGGUGCCAAGAUGGAAGACGAAGACAUUGCGAUCUGCUUGCUGCUCAGUCUCCCGAAGAGUUUCGAGAACGUGGUUCUGAACUUGGAGAUGAGCAAUGCAGAGCUGCGCACGCAAGAUGUGGUCAAGGUGCUGACUAACGAGCACAUCAAGCGACAAGGCGAGAAGAUGACAACGGCAACGACAACGUUGAAGACUGAAGAUGCGACAAAGGCAUUCAGUACCGAGCGCAAGCCCUACCAAUGCACAUACUGCGGCAAGGUGGGGCACACGGCAGAGCGUUGCUGGACGAAGCAAAAGGAUGAAAGUCGAGGAGCCCAACGCGGCGGCAAUGGUCGUGGACGCGGGGCAAACAAUGUCCAGUGGCGACAUUAUGAUGAAGGCAACAGCUACGAUCGAGUGGCGUUUGCAGUUUCGUUCGAAUGCGGAGUUUCGACGAACAAGAAUGGACCAGGAAUGUGGGCCGUUGACAGCGGGGCAACACAUCACAUCUGCCACGACAAGUUCAAGUUUGCAAGCUUGGUCGAAGGCAAUGAUGGCGAGAUCCUGGUGGCUGAUGGCAACAAGGCGGCCAUCAAAGGUGUGGGGACCAUCGUGGAAAAGGUGAUUCUGCCAAACGGGGAAGAGCGCGAGAUCGAGAUCAAGAACGCGCUCUAUGUGCCCAGCAUGAGCAAAAAUCUGCUCUCGGUGCCGCAGAUUAACAAGCACGGCAACUUCCAAGUGGUGUUUGACGGGGAUACGAUGUACGUCGCUCGCAAGGAUUCCAAUCAAGUGGUGGCAGCUGCGGAUCUUGUAGACGGACUCUACUGGCUUCGCACGACGCAGCGAUCGGCCAAUGCGACAUCACUCAGCAACGCUGUUGAUCUACAUGCGCGAAUGGGCCAUGCUCCAGUCGACGUGCUUCGCAGGAUGGUGACAAGCCACAUGAUCAAGGACGCCCACAUCCCUUCCAAGCCGAAUGGAUCAAGUGUGUGUCGAGGAUGCCAAGAAGGGAAGAUGGUCCAAAAACCAUUCCCGAGCAACCGUGACAAGCGCACCUACAACACCUUCGAGAUGCUCCACUUCGACAUCUGCGGACCCAUGGAAGAAAAAUCUCUGGGUGGCAGCAAGUAUCUGCUGCUGAUCGUGGAUGAAGCCAGCGGAUGCAUGAAGGGUUUUUGUCUGCAUUCCAAGUCAGAGAGCGAAGAGUGCAUCAAGAAGUACAUCACGAUGAUACAGACGCAGUUCAACAAGAAGGUCAAAUUUGUGCGACACGAUGGAGCCCGCGAGUUUGCGACGAACUCGCUUCAAGAUUUCUACGAAGUCGAAGGCAUCGAGCAACAAACCACGGUGCCAUACGCACAUCAAGCCAAUGGAACUGCUGAACGCGCGAUUCGAACUAUCGUCACCAUCGGUCGUAGCAUGCUCCAUCAUGCCAAGUUGGACAAGUGCUUCUGGGCUGAAGCGGCAAUGACGGCCGUCUAUGUGAAGAACCGUUUGCCGUCACCCAAGAUUCCACACAAGACACCGUUCGAGAUUGUCUACAAUUCUAAGCCAAGUGUCAAGCACAUGCGCGUUUUUGGGUGCCAAGCAUACAUCUUGACCCCGAAGGAGAAACGACUCAAGUGGGAUGCCAAGGCUCGUGCAGGUGUGUUCAUGGGAUACGAAGAAGUUUUAAAAGCGUAUCGAGUUUACGACAUCGAAGCGGGGCAGGUGAUGAUAAGUCGCGAUGUCAACUUCGAUGAGUCGGCCUUUGGAAUGUCGAUGCUGAUUUCCGAUGACGAUGUUGAUGGCCUGGACUUCGAAUCGAUCGAUCUUGAUGAUGAAGAACCGCGUCCAAGACACUUCAAACAAACAGGAAAGCGCAAGGCCCAACCCAGUCACGACAAUGACGACGCAAGCAUGCCCCGAGCAGUGCGCCAACGACCCGGAUUGGAAGAAUCAAGUGCGCCGGAUGACAUCUCUUCACGUCGAGCCAACGAAGAUGAAGAAAGGAAGUCGGAGGAACAACAUGACACACCGACUUCCUCCGCGUUUUGGCAUGCGAGUGCAAACGCCGUCUAA